AGUUCAACGAAAAAUUGAUCGAAAUUGCGAAAAUACAUAGUCGAACUAUAAAGUCAGUAUUCAUCGUCUUUCCGUUCGUAUGUCUCGAUUAAAUUUAAGGGCGUCUCUGUUUCUUAAGUUAUUGCAAACAUCUUGGAAAUGCCUUCGCAAAUUCCUACGUCAUGCUGCUCAUGCUAGGCAUCAGUGUCUUAAUUCUAAAUCUUCUGGGCUUGUCGCAAGUGAAACUGCAGUUCAGCGAAAUAAACAAGCUGCUCUUAGAAGUCCUUCUGAACCUAGCGAUAGUCGCGUAUUUGUUCUUGGCUAAUUAUAUGGGCCAAACGAUUAUGAACAGCAGCGAGAAACUCCUGAACGACGCGUGAGUAAUCGUGAAAAGUAUCGUACGUAUAAGUCUUGUCGAAUUUUUUUUAGCGGGAAUAAAUAGUUUGGUAUUUAUUAAUACUCCAUUAGGCUAGGCAGUUUGUUAACUGAAAACGAAAUGCAGUUGUAUUCCAUAGAUACAGUUCUGAAUGGUAUGAUGCUCCAGUGGUCUCGCAGAAAGCCUUGUUGUUCAUCAUGCAACACAGUUUACAAACUUACAGUUUCACCAU